AUGUUUUUGAUGAUUGAAGAAGAUGAUAAAGGCUUUGUGGAUGAUUGUGUUGUUUCAUUAAAAAGGUGUGAUGCUGUACCAGAUGAAAAGAUUAUGGGCAAUGUUUCUGAUGAUGUUUUCUGUGAUGAAUUAGAAGUUGUGCAAUGCAUGGCUGUGGAUGUUUGGCGAAAAAUGUUUCUGAUGAUGUUUUCCGGAAUCGUGUCUAGCUUAAGGGGGUGUGUUGGAAAAUAUAAGCUAGACAAGGGUAGUUUGGAACUAAUUAAUAUGGGGGCUCAAACACUGGUUGCUCCAGGAACCUUUCCAAUUGGGUGUUCUAGUAUGAUUCUAACAAGCCAUUUUUUUGAAAAAGAAGAAGAGUAUGAUAACAGAACCGGUUGCCUCAUCAAGUUCAAUACGCUUGCCGAAUACCACAAUGAACUGCUGCAAACAAAACUAAACCACCUUCGAGAGCUUCAUCCGAAUGUCAUCAUCAUCUAUGCUGACUACUACAAUGCUGCCAUAUAG